GCGGGUCAGUCAGGGGUGCGCGGAUCUCACUCUGUGUGAGUGGGUUGGCGAGGCAGGCGUCCCGACCCCCUGAAGGGCGGUGGGAGGGCAGGGUGUGUGUGCAGUGAAAGGGAUCCCGAGAGGAGGGUCUUCGUCUCCGGCGUCGCGCCAUGACGGCGAACGAGGACCAGGAGAUGGAGUUAGAAGCAUUACGUUCAAUUUAUGAAGGCGAUGAGUGUUUCAGGGAGCUUAGCCCUGUCUCCUUUCAAUAUAGGAUAGGUGAAAAUGGAGACGCUAAAGCAUUUUUAAUAGAAAUAUCAUGGCCAGAAACAUACCCCCAAACAGCACCAGUCAUAUCUAUGGAUGCAUUCUUCAACAAUGCCAUAUCGUCUGUCAUAAAGCAAAGUAUAUUGAAUAAAUUAAUGGAGGAAGUUGAAGUUAACCUCGGAACCUCUAUGACAUACACAAUUUUUGAAUAUGCCAAAGAUAAUAAAGAGCUUUUCAUGGAAAACCAGCCUGUUAAUACUGUGACAGCAUUGAACAAUUGCUUCUCAACUGGGCAUCCAGAUACAGCACAACCAAGUAAGAAAAAAGAGAAAAAGGAACAGUUGACUAAAACGCAGAAACGAAAGUUAGCAGACAAAACAGAUCACAAAGGAGAGCUUCCUCGAGGAUGGAAUUGGGUCGAUGUAAUCAAGGUAACAUGCAAAACGGGCUCCAAGGAUGAUGAAUAAGUGGACUUUUAUAUGGGAGAAUGUCAAGUUUUAUUACAACGCAUUCUAAUGUCAGCUACAUCUCUUUUUUCACUUACAUUUUAUAAAGUGACAGUUCCUCACACAUUUAAAUUUUACAAAGGUGUGGUCAACAGGAAGGACAUUUUUCUGGUAUUUAUCACUUUCUUCAUAUCACUUCGUUGCCUUUAAGGAAGAUGCUGAAGAUGGUAUCAUUCUAUUCAGAUUCCAACUGUUAUGACUGUACAACAAAACAAUAUGUAAUUUUAAUGUAUAUUGUUUCACACUGUAUUAAAUCAUGAACAUAUUUGAUGAUAAAUAAUCUAAAACAUAGUUAAUUUAGGGCUUCCAUCCUCUAGCGAAAGUCCAAACCUCUUAAUGUGUUGUUUUCAUUAUGUUCCCAGGCUUGUCUAAAGGAUUAGAAGGUUUGUCUUAUUCUAUAUUUAAUUUUUAUGUAAUUACUUUCCUGUAAUUUCAAAUAUCAUU